AUAGGCUGUUAAACUGACAAUUAGCAAAUAAUGUUGGAUGAACCAGAAAAUCGGUUACGAUAACAAGAUUAUUGUUAUUCUGAAUGUUUUUUUGGCUGACCAUAUAAAGUAAAAUUAACAACACAGUGUUUUUAGAAUACCUGUAUUUUACUGUUAAAUUGUCUGGUAAAAAUUACUUUUUUUCUUGUUAUUUUGAUCAUACGCUGUAUUUUUAUUAUGCGACGUUGUUAUUUUCACAAUAUUAAUGGUAUCCAUAACAAUAAUUUACCUAUGAAAUUCAACCGACAACAUUUUGUAGUCAAAGUAACUAAAUUGUGGUUGAGUUUUAUUGCAAGUGUUUGUUUGCGCGCAGAUCGCCAUUUUGAUUCGCCAUACGACGAGAAACAGGCAGUGAAAAUAGUGUGAAAGUGUUUUUUCGAUAUUAAAGUUAAUUCCAGUAAAAACAAAUGGAAUCGAAAAUCGAGUUGGUUGAACUCCUUAUUACCGACCCGCGAGACUCGGAAUUUGGCUCCGAAGCUGACUUGGAUGUUGCCGUUGACGAGGCCGGUGACGAACUUCGCGAAUUGCUGAUCGGAUCCUGGAACCUUGAUCCAGCUAUUUAUGACAUUUUGAUCGCUCAUGGAUACAAUGUGGAGUACGCCAAAACGCUCGACGAAAAGGCCCUGGACGAUGUAUUUUCCGUCACAAAAUGGACAGCGCACAAACAUGCACUUCGCCGCAAACUGACAGCGUGGGAGGAGAGUGUCCUUUAUACCGAAGCAAGACCAAACUCAGACUCGGUCACAGGCACACGCAGAACACCAUCACCAUCCGAUCGGAGCGCAGUCGCUACCUCUCCGCAACGGAAGCUCCUACCAACUGCCGUCACAAAAUCGCUUCUCGAUAGCAUUUUGGACCGGAACGAAAAAGGGAAGAUUGUGGUAAAAUUUUACCAAUUACAUCACUGCCUGGACCUUAAUCACAGGAAACACUUGGCACAUACAAUUGUGGACUACUACAUGGCCAACCAGAAAUAUUUUUCGCUUGCGGAUAUGGCCAGGUUUGCGGAGCUGAUUGCCGAUCGCUUCCCCCCCGAAAUAUCUAUUACGUACUUUAAUCCCCGGAACACCUCUGUCAACAAGAAGCAUCCUUCUGGUAUGCUGUACGAUCGGUUCCACAACCGGAAGAGGAAGUCUGUCACACCAAUUGGCAACACACCAGCGACAAAUGCGAGUUUUCAAUCCCAGCAGAAGCUGGCAGCCCUGCAGCUCUCUGAUUCAGACAUUCGUCGAUUGGAUUCGAGCAAGUCUUGGUUGCGGAACAACCGUGCUCCCGGUGACCAAGUAUUGAAACAAUGGAAUCAUACAGUUCUACUACGACUAAGAAGUAUUCAACACGAUAAAGACAAGAACAAAUCAACGGUUUUUUCGGAAUGGCCCCGGUAUUUGGACGAAGACGGGUACUUGCUGGUUGAUGCGGAUUUCAAAUACCUAUUCGAAAAGUCGAAUGAACAAGGCAAACUGUUCGAUAAAUGGGAAUGGUUUUGUGAAGUCUUUUUGGAAUACCUUUUGUCUGCUGACGUUAAGGACAUCUAUUCUCGUCAACUGAUUAGUUCACUGGAAGAGGGAGACUGUUCACAAGAUACGCGAGAUUUUGUCUUAUGUGCAGCAUUCCACGGUCUCAUCAAACCAGUAAGGACAUCUACAAAAAAACGUCCGACGAUCCUCCAGGCGCAGAUUGACACCUGCUACAUUUGUGAAACAGAGGAAGAGUUUACAGAAACGCUCGAUUCUCAGAGACAAGAGCUGGAAUCCAGUGGUGUGCAAUUUUCGCCAAGGAUUUUUGCAUUGGGGUCAAUCGACAAUUUUGAGUGUUUUUAUGUUGUCACCAAUAAGCUGCGGUAUAAGCUACCAUCUCUUGUCCGCUGUCUGGACGUAGUACUGAAAUUAAAGUUUACAUUGGACCUGCAGUUCCCGGAGAGCAGUGAGCUAUUCUGGGCGUUCAUCAGUGGAUAUUUCUACGACAUCGAGUAUACUCAAAAAUCGAAAAACACUCAAAUAUUGCAGUUGAUUGCUUACCUGAAGUCCCGCACAGAAUGAAGUGUUUUCU